AUGCGAGGGCCCCGGCCCUACGACCUGCGUUUGUCGGGCGCGCUGUCCUCGCCGUGGCGAGGCCGCCCGGGGUUGCGUGCGGCUCGUGGGCGCGCGCUUCAUUUGCAUAAGCCCCGCGGGAGCGCGCAGCGGCGCCGCAGCCAAGUUUUGACAGCGCCACUAGUGUCGCGCCACCAGCGCCACGAAUCUCGGCGCCAGCCCGGGGGCACGGCGCGCCCCCGUGACACGCAAAGCCGCCACCCGCGCGACCUUGCCGCUGCCGGCGUCUCCGGGGCUCACCACUCCCCGCCAGUGUUAUUGUUUACUCAGCCAAUAGCAGAUGCGAGCGGCCAUGCGCACUACUACAUCGCGGCCAUAGGGCAGGUGAUGGGAGUGUGGGACAGUAACACAACAAAAGACGUAGAGGGAGACAGUCCAGGUGCGACGAAGACGAGAGUGAGGAAGGGAAACCGAGGGGAAGGCGAAGGAGAAGAAUGGGGAGCGCUCGCAGGGACGGAGCGGGGUGAUCGCCGCAGCAACAUCUCAUCUCCUGGGAAAUGCAGACAACGCACGGCACGGCGCAGGGCGCUGCGGGCAGGCGGCGCCGGGAGAGAAGGGUGGGUGUGCGCGCGGCACAAGGCGAGGAAUUCAGCUGGCAGCCGCGGGCCGGCAGCGGGAUUCCUCAGGGGCCGCUGGCUGUCUGGAGGCGGAAGCGGAGGCGGAGGCGGGGGCGGCCCUGGGCCGGCGCGGGACACCGGCCGGGCGGGGCGGCGGCAGGCCUCCACUGUGCAAACUUCCUACGUCACUGAAGUCUCCAACGUCGAGAGGGAAAUAUACAUCUACGCGGCUACUAUCCGCUUUACACGUGUUUGA